AUGUCUAUAAUCCUGAACCCCUUUCAGCUGCUGGAGAUCAAUGUCAUCUCCGCCCAAGACCUCGCCCCUGUCUGCCGCUCCAUGCGCACCUACGCCGUCGCCUGGGUCCACCCCAACCGCCGCCUCUCCACCCGCGUCGACACCCACGGCCACUGCAACCCCACCUGGAACGACAAGUUUGUCUUCCGCGUCGACGACCAGUUCCUCCUCGCCGACACCUCCGCCGUCAUGAUCCAAAUCUACGCCCAACACUGGUUCCGCGACGUCCACGUUGGCACCGUCCGCGUCCUCGUGGGCAACCUCGUCUCCCUCUCGCCGUCCCGCCCUCAUCAGCCCCACCACCAGCAGCCUCCCUCCCACGUCGGCAUGCGCUUCGUCGCUCUCCAGGUCCGCCGCCCGUCCGGCCGUCCCCAGGGCAUCCUCAACAUCGGCGUCGCCCUCCUCGACAGCUCCAUGCGCAGCGUGCCCCUCUACACCCAACUAUCCUCCGCCGUUGGAUACCGCGAUCUCAUGGGCGAAGACGACCCACAAACCCACAAUCACGGGACUCUUCACCACCAUCGCCAGAACAACAGCAACACCAACGUCAACGGUGACGGUAAUGCUGAUCCAACUCUUUAUGCUGGGCCGCAGCUCAGACGAACACGUAGCGAACGCAGCGAGCGCGUUUCCGAUGUUGAGUUCCAGAGGCAAGGUUCCAUAAUCAACGGCUCGGAUGCUGUGAAGGGCGGCAAAGCGAGUUCGAUGAUCAACGGCUCAGAAGUGGGGAAGGCGAAGAGAGGCAAAGCCAGCUCGUUGGUCAGCGGCUCAGAAGCGGGAAAGGUGAAAACUCGAAAGGCAGGUUCGAUAAUCAACGGCUCAGAUAUCAUGGACACACCAGGAGAGAAGAAAAGUGGAAAGGCCAGUUCCAUAAUCAACGGCUCAGAAGUCAAGGGCGGAUCAAAAGAGCAUAUAAGUAAAAAGGCCGCUGGUUCAGUCAUCAACGGCUCUGAUAUGGGUGACCCACCUGAAGGCAAGGCAGCAGCAAACGAGAAGGCAAACAAGCCCAUUUCGAAAACGAGCGGGCCGGACAUCCUGGCCCAAUUGAGAGAGCCUGUAACAUAUGCAAGGCCCAUUACAAAUUACGGGAGCGUGAGGCCCUUCGCUAAAGUGGAUUUUGCGGCCCACCCGAAAGUGGCGUACCCGUACGGAAACGGGUCCGUUGUAUCGGAGUCUGAAGUGGGGCCGUCGGCUUCGGAGGUGGCCGCGGCGGUGGCAGAGGGUAUGUACCCGGUGGCUCAUGGGCGGAAUUUGGACAAGUGGAGCUUGGACGGAAGCGUGGAAGGGCUGAGGUCGAAGCUGGAGAGAUGGCGGACGGAGCUGCCUCCGGUGUACGACAAGGGGGAAUUCGAGAGCUAUCCGUCAAGCGACAAGGGCGGCGGCGGAGGCGGAGGCGGAAGCAGCCGGCGUGCGAGGCGGCACAGCGACGGCGGCGGGGGUUUGUUCUCGUGCUUUGGGAACGUAUAUGGGUACGAGUGCUCUUGCAGCUGUGGGCGGCCCACGGGGCCAAAGAAGAGCGGUAGUGGAAGGAUGCAUCCCCCCGCCUCCUCUAUUGUUACUGAAUCGUACAUUUGA